AUGGAGAAUCCAAGGCUACCAUUGUAUAGAGCUCGUCAAGUUGCACUUGGAACUGGGGUGGAACACUUGGAACACGCUCCUGGACGAAUAUGGGACGGUUUCAGUGACCAUACAUAUAGUGAAAAGGCACUAUUUGGGAUUUUCUCACCAAUGGCUUGGAUUACGGUUGAUCCAAGGUCACCAUUGGAUAGAGCUCGUCGAGUUGUACUUGGAACCGGGCUGAAACACUUGGAACACAUUCCUGGACGAAUAUGGGAAGGUUUUACUCGAAUAUGGAGCUAA